GAAUCACUCAACAUGCCAUUUUAUGAACUUGUUUGUAUAGCCAGACACAACAUUGUUGAAAGCAAUUUAAAAGAUCUCUUAAAGACAUCAGCCAAGCAAGUCAUUACCCGAGGUGGUGUUGUCCGAGGAUUCGAAAACUGGGGAGAUAUGAAGAUUCCUCAUAGAAUCAAGAGACAUCAAGAGUACUUUACAGAUGGAAGAUAUUGGACAAUGCACUUUGAUGCCAAUCCUUUAAUAAUUCAAGAGCUUGGAAAAAAACUUGCAGUUGACACUCGUGUGUUGCGUCAUACGUUUAUCAAGUUGGGAGACAAGUUAGAAACUGUGAUUGAGAGACCAGACAAAACAUAAGCAUGUAUUUUAAGAAUCAAAUGAUGUAAAUAGAGAAUAAAAUGAAUUUUACUGCA